UUAAAGAUCCCUCAGGCACAGACUACAACUAACACCAAAGUACAGAAGAUUUUGCUUGGCAGGCCCAUCAAACUUUGUGCUUUACAUAUAAGACUCAGUUGUCUAUUUGUUUUCUGUCCACCCUCAUGAUCUACAGUAUCAGAAACUCUCACAUUUACAGCGCAGUGCCACACCUUUUCUUUGUCUUUUUUACCCCAUGAACCAGAUGCCAUCGAUCAGUCUGCCGAGUACUUUGGGAUCAUGUAACAGGGGAAAGUGCGGUGUUCAACCGUGUGCUGAGGAGCACGUGCCUCACCCCAGCUGCACUCUCCUGCAGCAUUCCCUUGUGCUCCACGCCACCUGAAAAUGAAGGCAUCCUCACAUGGUGGAACUUGACACUGAGAGAUUACGCGCACACUCUGGGCAAUUAAGAAACUGAGAAGAUAACAGUUCAUUUAACUUCUUCUGACUGGGAUCUAAGGCACUGUGAAGGCAAGGAGCAAGAGAAGGUGUAAAAAGCGAUGCUGUUCUAAGGCUAUUUUACCUUUUGUUUUUGAAGAACAUUUUAAAGCUGCUAUGAAAACUGAACAAAUACAUGACUAGAUAGGUAGGGAAACCUCAUUGCUAUUACGUACUUAUUUCUACUUGCAUUAACUGCAUGAGUUAACUGUUUCUCUCAGAUAGAUGAAGAAGAGUAUAAAAACGCAGUGAUCUUGUUCUGAUGAAGUUAAAGACAAAACUUCUAUUGACUUAUGUGGGUUAAGCUUCAGGCACUUUGUAAAUACCUAUAAAAUGGGCCACUGGUAAGCAGAUGGUCUCAACAUGAAAAGCUAUAUUCUGUUCUCCUUAUGUGGCUCUGUUCACAUAUAGUCCAGAUCUUUAUGUGAAUAAUGAUUUAGAAUUACUCUAUUAGAAAUGCUAGAUUAGAAGCGCUGUGGUGUUCAAGGUCUACUCUUAAAUGAUGUUUUGUGGUUUUCCUUGUUGUUAGGUGUAAGAAACAAACAUUCAUACAAUAGUAACUUGCUGUUAAAAAAAGGAUUGUGUAGAAAGUCAAUGGAAAUACAUUUGAAGUGUAUUCAUCAUCUUUUAAAACAGGCUUGGAAAGAAAGCAUGGAGUUGUAGCUCUAUUGUUUUGUGUCAAAAGCAAUGGCAAUUGAUUAUUUUCCUUUUUUUUUUUUUUUCUUUUGGUUUCAAAAUUAUCAGGAAGGUAAUAAAACUAGACAAGUAAACUGAUAUAUUAUCUGACAGCCUCAGAUUUCAGAAAAGCAGAAACUAUUGUAGGUGUGAACAAAGAGCCCAAAUUUGCACCAGUCACACUCAGUACUUUAUUUAAAUUUGCCUGUUGAUUCCUUUUAUCUUGGACUUCUCUUCCGUGCACAGCCCCAUCUACAAGGCUUGUAUAGUAUUUUUUUUUUUUUGCCUCUGCUUCAUUCAUACCUUUCUCAGUAUGAAUGCUAAGGAAAUCCUAGCAGACAUACUCAUGAAAAUUGCCCCAGUGUUCCUUAGAGGGUGGCUUUUAGUGAUGCCAUUUACAAUAUGGAUUUUGGUCCCACAGGUUGCAGAUGGGCCUGUGCUGCCUGGGAGCAGACCUUGGGCACUCUAGUGUGCAAUGCUCUGUGAGUACUAAUGGACAAGCUUUGUGCUGAGUCUACUCUAUAAAUGGAAAUGAAGGCUUCAGUCUGGAGGACUGCGAAGCAGAUAUUUCUGCCAACAAUAGAAGUGCUCUGAUGGUAAAAGCUAUAGGAAUGAAACUGACAGCUUAUCACAGGAGAAAAUAUAUCCUUGAUUUAUGAGCCCAGCCAGCAAAAAUGGUAUAGCAACAUAACUAGAGAUGCUGGGCAAUGCAAACAUGAAGUAAUCAACUGUUUUCCUUUAGGUUUUAAUGUACCUUUUAUUUUAUUUCCAUUUUAAAGAGUCUUUUUUACAGUCCAUUUGUUCCCUCCCCUUAGUUCUCUCAGCUCAUUACCGUGAUGAAAUGUUAGUGCCCUUAUCAGGCAAGGUUUCAGGUAAUGCUUCAGUUUUACUGCUUCAGCCUUUCCAUGAGCAAACAUUCACAUCAACCUUUAGCCUCUCUCCUUUCCUGAGUUUUGCUGUUGUUAGUUUUUCACAAACCGAAGUGCCACCUAGGACACCAGAGGGAUGGGCAGAAGUGAAGGAAGGAAAGGGGACGGGGAAGUGCCUGAGAAGGAUUGUACAGCCUGUCCUUGAGUCUACAGUGCAGAAAUCUUUUUUGCACUUGCCAGAAAUAAAGUCUAUGUAAGGUAUCUGGAAGGAGGAGGAGGACUUGACGAGGAAAAGAAAAGAGAGAACACACACAAUGGAUCUAAAUUGAACAAUAAUGAAGCAACGGAUGUUGGGUCUGGCCCUUUGGCUUUUAUUCCUCUUUCUGCAGCUAUUGCAGCAAGCUGGUUCAAGUAGGUGUAGCGACAACAAUUACGUGAUCAAUGUGAUGCUCAUGCCUGACUCGGACUUCCCAUCAACUUCUGAAAAUUUGACAUCAGCUGUGGAGGAAGCCUUGUCAACAAUACAAAAUGAAUUAGAGACAGAAGGAGUAAAGGUUACAGUCAAUGCCUCCUUCCACCACUUCAGAUCAUCACUAUAUGUCUCACAAGGCUGUCGCACCAGCACCUGCGAAGGUGUAGAGCUCAUCAAGCAAAUUUAUGAUAAUGGCACUCUUGGCUGUGCUGUCAUAGGACCUGCUUGCACUUACGCUACCUACCAGAUGGUCUCAGUUGACACAAUACUGAGCCUGCCUCUGAUCUCUGUAGGGAGUUUUGGACUGUCCUGUGACUACAAAGAAAACCUAACCCGUCUUCUGACCCCAGCUAGGAAAGUGAAUGACUUCUUCUAUUAUUUUUGGAAUGAAAUCCAGCAGCCAUUCAAAACUAGCACUUGGGAAUCUGUCUACAUUUACAAGAAGAAUGACAACUCGGAGCAAUGCCUCUGGUACAUGAAUGCAUUAGAUGCUGGAGUCACACAAUUCUCUGAAAAACUGAAGUUCAAGGAGAUUGUGAGGACACAAGAUCAGUUUAGAAAACUUGUGAAAAAUCCCAAACGGAAAAGCAAUGUGAUCAUCAUGUGUGGCACUCCAGCUGACAUCGGCCAAGACCUCGGGACGGAGACAGUGGAUAAGGACAUUGUUAUCAUCCUGAUAGAUCUCUUCAAGAACACAUACUUCAGGAAUACUACCUCAGCCCAUUACAUGCAGAAUGUACUCGUCCUGACUCUACCACCAGCUAAUAACAACUUCAGCACAAGGACUGUUGACACCAGCCUGCUGGAAGAUGACUUUGUUAUUGGCUAUUAUAAUGCAGUCUUGCUGUUUGGACAUAUUCUGAAGAAAUUUAUCUUCUCCCAAAGCCCUGUGUUACCUCUCAGCUUCAUCAAUGAAUUCCGAAAUAUCACUUUUGAAGGUGCACAGGGUCCCGUGACUCUAGAUGCAUUCGGAGAUAUUGAUAACAAUCUGACCCUGCUGUACACGACACAGUCUGCAAGUGAUCCACAGUACAGAGUUCUUAUGUAUUUCAACACUCAGGAGAACAAGACGUAUGUAGUAUCUACCAGUCCGGAUUUCAUCUGGAAGAGCCACAGGCUGCCUAGUGAUAUUCCAAGCACUGGCCCACACAUACUGACUAUUGCUGUCUUCACACUCGCAGGAAUUGUGAUUCUGGUUCUGAUCAUCUCUUUGCUUGUCCUGAGGAAGUACAGGAGAGAUAAUGAGCGUCGGCGGAAGAAAUGGUCCCAUAUAUCACCUGAGAAAAUCUUGCCCCUGGAGACCAGUGAGACAAACCAUGUCAGUCUGAAGAUUGAUGAAGAUAAGAGACGUGACACCACCCAGAGACUGCGUCAGGGCAAAUAUGACAAGAAGGUGGUGAUCCUGAAGGAUCUCAAAAACAAUGAUGGUAAUUUCACAGAGAAGCAAAAAAUAGAACUGAACAAGCUCCUGCAGAUUGAUUAUUACAACCUGACCAAGUUCUAUGGCACAGUGAAGAUGGACACCAUGAUCUUUGCAGUGAUUGAAUACUGCGAAAGAGGUUCCCUGCGGGAUGUUUUAAAUGAUACAAUCUCCUACCCUGAUGGCACAUUCAUGGACUGGGAAUUUAAAAUCUCUGUCAUGUACGAUAUUGCCAAGGGAAUGUCUUACCUGCACUCAAGCAAAACAGAAGUCCAUGGUCGGCUCAAAUCCACGAACUGUGUAGUGGACAAUCGCAUGGUUGUGAAGAUCACUGAUUUUGGCUGUAAUUCAAUUCUGCCUCAAAGGAAAGACCUGUGGACAGCUCCUGAGCAUCUCCGUCAUGCUGACGUAUCUCAGAAGGGUGAUGUGUACAGCUAUGGCAUCAUUGCCCAGGAGAUCAUCCUACGCAAAGAGACCUUCUACACCAGACACUGCCAGGACAUCAAAGAGAAACUUUACAGAGUGGAGAAUGACAAAGGAAUGAAGCCUUUCCGACCAGACCUAUCCUUAGAAACAGUAGGAGAAAGAGAGAUGGAAGUAUACACACUAGUGAAAAGCUGCUGGGAGGAAGACCCAGAGAAAAGACCUGACUUUAAGAAAAUUGAGAAUAUUCUGGCUAAAAUAUUCAGUAAUUACCAUGGCCAGACCAAUGAAAGCUACAUGGAUACCCUGAUUCGACGUCUACAGCUGUAUUCCCGGAAUCUAGAGCACCUGGUGGAGGAGAGGACAGAGCUCUAUAAAGCAGAACGAGACAGAGCAGACAGGCUUAAUUUCAUGUUACUUCCAAGGCCAGUAGUAAAAUCUUUGAAGGAGACUGGCUUGGUAGAGCCAGAGUUGUUUGAAGAAGUCACUAUCUACUUCAGUGACAUUGUUGGCUUCACCACGCUCUGCAAAUACAGCACUCCUAUGGAGGUAGUAGAUAUGCUGAAUGACAUCUACAAGAACUUUGAUCACAUUCUUGACCAUCAUGAUGUUUACAAGGUAGAGACCAUUGGCGAUGCUUACAUGGUGGUGAGUGGUUUACCAAAGAGGAAUGGCAACCGACAUGCAGUAGACAUCUCCAUGAUGGCUCUGGACAUCCUUAGCUUCAUAGGAUCCUUUGAGCUCCGACACCUGCCUGGUCUGCCUGUUUGGAUUCGCAUUGGAAUUCACUCUGGUCCAUGUGCAGCUGGUGUAGUAGGAAUAAAGAUGCCUCGUUACUGUUUGUUUGGAGAUACGGUGAACACAGCUUCACGGAUGGAAUCCACUGGCUUGCCUUUAAGAAUUCAUGUAAGUGGUUCCACGGUUGCCAUCCUGAAAAGAACAGAUUGUCGAUUCCAGUAUGAAAUGAGAGGAGAAACAUACUUGAAGGGCAGAGGGACUGAGAUUACAUACUGGCUGACGGGUACUGAAGACAAGGAAUAUAAUCUCCCAACACCUCCUUCAGUGGAGAAUCAGCAGCAGUUAAAAGAUGACAUAGCAGAGAUGAUAACCAAAAUUCUUCAGAAAAGAGAAACUGAAGGUUUCAGGACCAGAGAGAUUAAACGGGUAGCAAGCUACAGAACAGGUACCCUGGAAUACUUGCAGCUGGCCAGCACAGAGAAUUCUGCUACAUAUCUUUAAGACUGGAUGUCUAGCAUGACUUAAAAAGCUACAGCAACUCCCAGGAGUACUUCAUAUUAAAGGCUGGAAGCUUAUGUUCUCAGCUGGAGGAGAAAGAAAAUACCUUUCAAGGCAACCUUUCUACCACUCAACCUGCUAGUAGUACAUCAAACCUCUCUUCACUGUCAUGUCCAAAUUCUUAGAUGACUUCAGCAGGGGACAGGCAAUCUGAUUUGAGAGAAAUGAGACCUGAGGAUACCUUAUCUGUUCUGGUUUGUUUUUUAAAGAUGAUAGCCUGUUCAAUAAUUCACUUCUGAAAUAUUCACAGCAUAGCCUUAAUUCCUCAUGAUUUUCAAAUGUUGUAUUUAAUUUGUAAUUUUUAUUUCAAGAAAGCUUUGCUGUAAUAUAUUUGAAUACAACAUUAAACAUACUGUAUAAGUCCUGGAUAUUUGCCUUUUUUUUUCCCCUGCAGUUUUCCCCUCUCUCCCACAUUUUGUUUAGCCAAGUUGUCUUUCUUAAGCACUUCCAUUAUUCACCUUGGGAGAUAACUCUAGAAUCUAUAUGGUUUCUAAAAUUUAUCUGAAUGUCUUAAAUCUGAAAAAUCAAACAAAUCUUGCAUAGCAGACCCUUUCAUAUCUUUCCUCCACUUCUGUUUAUGCCCCCAAACCAGAAGUACAAAAGAAAUGAACAAACUUCUCCAUGUUUUU